UUGAAUUAAGCAUAUGUAAACAGAUUAUUCCUCCUGGAAAAUCUCUGCAGAAAUAGAUUGCAUGGGAUGUUGUUGCAUGUUUACAAAACAUUCUUAAAGUAAUUAGACAGUCAUUUAAAGGAUGAAGUUACCAAAGCUUCUAAUUAUGAUGUUAGGCUCUUUUUACAUUCUUGAAUUUAACAUUUGAAUGCACCAACUACAGAGUUUUGAGUGUUGGUUACAUCCUUUUGUAAUUCAAGCCAGCUCAGUAGAAACUAGAGCAGAUAUUUUCAGCUUUGGCUAUUGGAAACCAAACCUUGUAUGCAUAUACCAUACAGUCUGUCGCAGAAAAAAAAGAAAUGUUUUCCUACAUUAGACUAGUCUGUUUGUUGUGAUCCUAUGCUAGGUUGGCAAAUCCUAAAAUGUGAAAUGUGAAGAAAGUGACUUUAGUUAUCAGUAUCUUUAUCCACAUUUAUAUCCUGUAGUUAAGCUUUCUUAAACUUUAGAUACUGAUAACUAAAAUCACAUUUGCCGGUCAAUCUUGUGGUUCUGAUUGCCAAAUUAGAGUUUAUUAGUGAAAUAUGGAGGAAGUGUAUGAGACUGCGGAGGAUGACUGGGAUGAUGAUGAAGAUGAGGCCACUCAGUACAUGAUUGAACAGAGUCUAUUGGAGUACGGUAAACAUGCUGAUUCAGCUACCAGCAGUGAUCCAUUAGACUGCAUCGACCACGAGGAAAUUUUCACUGCUAUACAAGCUGGUAAUGAGGACGCUCUGAAGGUCCUGGUGCAGCGUAAGGAGGCUUUGUCUAAUGCAGACAGCAAGGGCUGGAUUCCUUUGCAUGAGGCAGCGGUGCAACACAAGAGGAGCAUUCUAGAGAUCACUUAUGCAGCAUCUCCUCAGGGGUCAGGGCAAUGCCGUACUCUGAGAGGGGAGACUCCGCUGUUUCUCACCGUUGUCCACGGUCUUCGAGAGAAUGCCACAUUCCUGCUGCAGAACGGUUGUGACCCUGACUGUAAAAAUGAGGAUGAUGAUUCUGCAUUGGUUGCAGCCAUAAAGAAUGAUCAGUAUGACCUGGCUCUGCUGCUGCUACGCUACAAUGCCACAGUGGACCAAAAAGGAAGUCUUCAAAGAACCGCUCUGCAUGAAGCAUCCGUGCUUGGCUUGGAUAACUUUGUAUACCUACUCCUACAAUCUGGCGCUGACCCAAAUGUUAUUGACGUCUGUGAACAUACUCCUUUAGGACUUGCAGCUCAAGCUGGACAUUUUAACGUUGUAGAGAUUCUGCUUCAGAAAGGGGCCAGUGUGUGGUCCAAGCCUCAUUCUCUUGGUUCAGCCUCAGUUUUAUUCGACGCUGCGGCUUCUGGAAACCCUGAUAUCAUUUCACUGCUGCUGGAGUAUGGAGCCGAUCCCAACGUUCCCACCCACACCGGCCAUCUCCCCAUCCACCGUGCAGCCUACCGCGGACAUCUGUUAGUGCUGGAGCAGCUGAUACCUGUGACAAAGAAAGAGGUGAUCAAAGAGAGCGGCAUGAGCCCGUUACACUCCGCCGCUGCAGGCAGUCACUCUCAGUGUCUGGAUCUGCUCCUGAGCUCCGGGUUUGACACAAACUUCAUGCUACACCCCAGAGUACGCAGGAACUAUGAGGACGAACGCAGGUCAGCGCUGUUCUUCACUGUAUCAAAUAACGACGUCCAGUCAGCGAGGCUGCUUCUGGAGGCCGGGGCCAUGCCCAAUCAAGACCCUGUCAACUGCCUGCAGGUGGCCAUGCGACUGGGCAACUAUGAGCUAAUCAACACUCUGCUCCGCUACGGUGCCAAUGUGAACUACUACUCCCGUGUCAACACCACCCACUUCCCUUCUGCCCUUCAGUACGCACUUAAGGAUGAGGUGAUGCUGCGUAUGCUGCUCAAUAAUGGCUAUGAUGUGCAGCGCUGCUUUGACUGCCCGUAUGGACAGGCCUCACAUGUGCCCGUGGAUUACGAGGGCUGGAGCGCUUCUGUCAUCAAAGACAUUGUGUUCUGUGAGGUGAUCACUGUGUACUGGCUCAAGCACAUCUCAGCCCAAGUAGUGAGAAUCAUGUUAGAUUACGUUGAUCAUGUGACUCUCUGCUCCAAACUGAAGAGUGUUCUGGUUGAACAAAAACAGUGGCCAGAAAUAUGUCAGAUACAAGAAAAUGCUCGAAGCUUGAAGCAUCUUUGCCGACUGAAGAUCCGUGACUGUUUGGGUCGCUUGCGUCUGAGGGCUCCAGUUUUUAUCAGUUUCCUGCCUCUGCCUGCCAGUCUCAAAGACUAUAUUCGCUUCAAAGAGUAUGAUAUUUACAGCAGAGGAAGUAUGACAGGAGAGUAAAACCAGAUUGAUGAAGCUGCUACAACAAAACUUUAUAAAUGUACACUUUUUAUUAAAAAAGCCUUGUGAAAUAUU